AAAGCCAACCCAGAUUUAGACCAGAGUUUACAGCUCGGCUUUGUCUCUCAUCUCUGUUCUACCCUGAAUACCACUGUGCCAAAGUUCAGCUCACAACCCGGGACAAUAGUAGAAAGAAGACAGUGAACUAGAUGUGCUCCGGCAGCUUCAUCUUACAGAUUGUGUGUGACCCAGAGACAACUGAAGGCAAACACCUGAAACUAUUCAACAAGCCAGCACACCGUUCUUCCACUGGCAAUGCGAAACUAAGAAGACACUACUGGUUAUAACUGACACAGAGCGACAUGGCCACCGGGAAGGCAGAGGUCCAGCGAAGGAUCGUGUCCAAGGACGGCCACAACAAUGUGCGGAUUGACAAUGUGGAGGGCAUGGUUAAGCUGUACCUGCAUGACAUCUGGACCACCGUGGUGGACAUGAAAUGGCGCUACAAACUCACUCUGUUUGCUUCCACAUUUGUCAUGACUUGGUUCAUCUUUGGGGUCAUCUUUUACUUCAUUGGCAUGGGCAACGGAGACUUUGAGGGUGGUUUGAAUUCUACCCACACGCCCUGUGUGAUGAAUGUGGAGACACUUACUGGAGCUUUCCUCUUCUCUCUGGAAUCACAGACCACCAUUGGCUAUGGUUUUCGUUAUAUCUCGGAGGAAUGUCCUCUGGCUAUCUUCACUCUGGUGGCUCAGCUCGUCAUCACAGGCCUAGCUGAAAUCUUUGUCACUGGUGCCUUUCUAGCCAAACUGGCUCGGCCCAAGAAGCGCGCAGAGACCAUCAAGUUCAGCCAGUUGGCGGUGAUCUGCCGGCGACAAGGCAAGCUGUGUCUGAUGGUGAGAGUGGCUAACAUGAGGAAGAGCCUUUUGAUCCAGUGCCAGGUAACCGGAAAGCUCAUCCACUCAAAUGUGACACAGGAGGGCGAGAAGACUCAAGUCCACCAGAGCUCUGUUGAUUUCCAAAUGGACUCUAGUGGAGAGUGCCCUUUCCUCAUCCUCCCGCUCACCUUCUACCAUGUUCUGGACGAGCACAGCCCGAUGGCAGGACUGAAUGCAGAAAACCUUCAAACUCGAGAGUUUGAGCUGCUGGUUACCCUCAAUGCCACAAUGGAGUCGACGGCAGCCACGUGUCAGAGCCGCACCUCCUACGUUCCUCAGGAGAUUCUCUGGGGCUACGAGUUCAAGCCAGUGCUGUUCAGCACCACAGGUGGCCGUUAUGUGGCAGAUUUCAACUUUUUUGACAAGGUACAAGUGAGCAACGAUGCAGCCGUCAUCAGAAACAACACAGAGAAGCUAAAAAUUGAGGAAGACUAUAAAAAAGAAUAGAGGAUAAAUGUGUUACUGCACUGCAUUGUGCCAGUCAGUUAUUCUCAUGGCUGUGACCCCUAAUUCAAAUGCAUUUUAUUGGAACAUUUUUGCACAAAAUCAUCUAAAAAACUGAUUUGGUCCUGUUUCUCAUAACAAUACUAUGACUUUCUGUUUUUGUAAAUCAAAAUUUUCAGCAGACUGUAAAACCUGGGAUUAAAAUGCAUUUUCUCUGCACAUUUUAUUUAUUCAUUUAAUCAUUAAAAAAUGUUUUUUUUCCUUAUUAAUCUCAAACCUUUAAUUUAGUUCCAGUUUAUUUUAUCUAUACCAGAAUGCUUUUUAAUAAUUGGUCAGAUAAAAUAAAUAAUAAUAAAAAAUAAAUUAAUAAAAUUAAUUAGACCGGGUUUUAAUGGAGGGGUUUUAUGUCCCGAAACUGUAAAUGCUUUAGCCUUUUUUUAUAAGAAUUUAGAUUUUUUUUUUUAGAUCCAGUAUUCCUUCACAUUAAGAAACUAAUAGUUCAGUAUUUAAAAGAAUAGUUUGACAUUUUGGGAAAUUUGGGAAUAUUUGCUUUUCUACCAAGAGUUAGAUAAGAAGAGUGAUACCAAUCUCAUAUUUGUACACUAAAUGUGAAGCUACAGCCACAAUGACUGACGUUAUCCCUUGUUUUUGUUUAACCUACCCAAAAACUGAAGUGUAAAAAUGACAAGUUGUGGUAUUACAGGUGGUUUCGUGCUGAAAAGUAGGAUAAGUCAGAUGUGUUUAACAAGACGAGACAAAGCGUGACUUUUGUGAUGCUGCUAGUAUUUAUGAUGCUCAGUGGGUGUUGGUCAGGAAAUAUUUAAAUAACAAAGAUGCAACGUGUAAUUAAUAAGACAGAUUUGGUAGAAGGUGUAUUUAUUCAUUUUUGACAGACUCAUAGGCCAGCAGUUUCCCACUGUUUCCAGUAUUUGUGCUAAGCUAGGCUAAUGCAUUCCAUCUCUGUCCUUGACGCACAGAAAUUAAGCUGAUGUCAAACUGCUCAUCUGACUGUGAGUUAGACGCUGAACUAGCAUUAUUCCCAAAACAUCAGACUGCUCCUUUAAAAAUACUGACAAUCAGAACUGAAGAUUGCAUUUAUGGCAGCUCCAGUCCAGAAACAUCAGUAUCAGCAUCUUGUGUUAAAUGCAUAGUGCUGCAUUCAGGUUCAGUCUUUUGGGUGGGAUAAAUCAUUUAAAAACUAAGGGGAUCUCUGUACGCGGAGAAGACAAAUAUGUAUCUAGUAUUAGAAUAUGUUAGUGCCUAUUACACAUCUACAGGUGCUUCACUGUUACUGAAUUUGUAUGGCACAUACACAUACACGUUCUACAUGACAUUAUUCCUGGAGAACAGAUGUAAGCUCUGUUAUGUGGUAUGACAUGAGAUGGUAUAACAAUACAUUCAACAUGGUGAUAGACAAGGGGU